AAUGCUAAAGACAGUCGUAAGAUUGCAGGAAGAAAGAAAGGGCAUCUUUUCAAAAGCAAACUCGAGAGAAAUUUCUAGAACCGCUGCAUCUCUUGCUGGCAAGCAUUGAAAAUAAAUAUCUUUACACUGGAAAAUGUUUGUAUGAAUGAAUGUCUUUUAAGGUGUCCUUUUUAUCUCUUUCCUCUGAUUCUUUCCGUGGUCGGUCAUUCCACAGGCCAGACUUGUCUUUUUGCCUUUACCAACACAGAAAGCAAAUUAUUGAAAACACCCACCUCCCCUUUUGCACGCAAAGAAUCUUCACUCUCUCUAUAUGUACCUCACCACAACCCUGAGCAUAUUCAGUACAGAACAAAAUAUAGAAGCAUCUUCUACAGCUUUAAAGGCUUCAUUCUUGUGAACCAUAAUAUUGAAGCUUUAAGCAGGUCUUCACAAAUGCCGACUAUUGAGCUGAGAGUGGGCAUGCACUGUGACAAGUGCAUUAAGGAAAUUAAAAGAGCAAUCCGCAGAUUGGAAGGGAUAGAGACUUACAGGAUGGAUACAGUCCAACAGAAGAUGACGGUAACAGGGGAGGUUACAGCUAAGCAGGUCAUUAAAACACUAGUUAAAUCAGGAAAGCCUGCAUGUAAUUGGGAUGCUUAUCCAGCUCACUAACAUGGAUUGCUGUGAUGAUUGUAUAUUUGUAUAUCAUGAGGGAAUGGUGGGAUUGAUUCUUUCCAUGUGGAGUCAAGCGAAUCUACAAGAGUUUCCUUUUGGAAUGUAAUGCAAUGUAAUCAAUCUUCAUCAUCAAUGAGGAAAUGAAGCAAAUGAAGAUUUUUUUGGA